AUGUCUCCACGGUCAAUUACAGACGUGUCGCACCCAGAGUCCGAAGAAAAUGACCGUAUAAGCCCCGAAAGACCUUUCAGCGAUAACAGCGACGAUGAUUCCGAUCACAUCAAUCCCGAGGAUGUGACUUACGCUCCUAUCACCACCCCGGGUACCCACGACGAAGGCAGCGCAACUCUCCAAAAACAGCGCUCGAACGCGUCUAGAUCAUUUAAGUCCCUGGAACGCAGUUGGUCGUUGAACGACGGCGUCAGUCCUGGCGGCCCUGAAAUCGACGACGCUGCGGCGCCAAACGAGGAUGGAGUGUACACUGUGGGCUGGGAGGAGAAUGAUCCUAUGAAUCCGCGCAAUAUGAGUAAAGCCCGACGGUGGUUGAUUGUUAUUAUUAUUUCAAUGGGCUCGCUUUGCGUGACUUGUGCUUCUUCGAUGUAUACCACGACAUAUGCCCAAUUGAUGAAAGAAUUCGGGUGUUCGCGAGAAGUUGCGACUCUUGGAUUGUCUUUUUUUAUUUGGGGUCUUGGAAUUGGCCCGCUCUUUUUGAGUCCGUUAUCUGAGUUUUAUGGGCGGAGGAUCAUCUACAUUGUCUCAUUUUUUGCCUUUCUUGUUUGGCUGAUCCCAUCCGCGGUCGCUCAAAAUACUCAGACUAUGCUUAUCUCUCGGUUCUUCAAUGGACUGUCAGGCAGUGCUUUUUUGAGUGUCGCCGGAGGUACUGUAGGUGACAUGUUUGAUCGACAUGAGCUUGCCUUUCCCAUGAUGCUCUACACUGCGAGCCCUUUCGUUGGCCCCGAGGUCGGCCCUCUGGUUGGUGGCUUUAUUAAUGCAUUUACUACAUGGCGUUGGACAUUUUAUGUGCUCCUGAUUUGGACGGGAGUGCUGCUCGUCUCAAUGAUAUUCUUAGUUCCGGAGACUUAUCACCCAGUGCUUUUAAGGCAUAAGGCACAGAAACUGCGCCAGGAAACCGGCGACGACCGGUGGAAAGCUCCGAUCGAAAACUUGCAGCGCUCGGUGGCGCAGACAGUGCUAAGCUCAAUGUAUCGGCCGAUUUUGCUCCUAACAUUAGAGCCAAUGUGCUUAUGCCUUUGCAUUUUCUCGGCCGUCCUAUUGGGUAUUCUAUACCUCUUCUUUGGUGCUUUCCAACUAGUCUUUGAUGAGGUGUAUGGACUAGUAUUGUGGCAACGUGGCCUGUGUUUCCUUGGUAUGUUUGUUGGAAUGGUUAUAGCCAUUUUGUCAGAUCCGAUCUGGCGCCGAAAUUACGUUCGCUUGGAGCGCAACCACGAGAAAGCCACGAACAAGAUUGAUGACUUCCAGCCGGAGUGGCGGCUGCCCCCGGCGAUCCUGGGAGGGCCCUUGGUUACUAUAGGUCUUUUCGUUUUUGCCUGGACAAUCUAUCCUAAUGUCCAUUGGAUUGUGCCUAUCAUUGGCAGUGCUAUUUUCGGUGCAGGGACAAUUCUGGUUUACUCGGGUAUAUUCACGUUCCUGGUCGAUGCAUAUCCAACUUUUGCUGCCAGCGCUCUGGCAGCGAACAGCUUUACUCGGUCUUCCUUUGGAGGUAUAUUUCCGCUAUUUGGAAUCCAAAUGUAUAACAACCUCGGAUUUCACUGGGCAACUUCCUUGUUAGCGUUCCUGACCCUUGCCAUGACCCCUUUCCCGUAUCUAUUCUUUCGAUAUGGGAGCUGGAUCCGAAGUAAGAGCCGGUUCGCAAAAUCACAGAGAUGA